AUGAGUGAUCUAAUCGAUAAUUUAUUCAAUACAUCAGUACAGCUGGCUGUACAAUUAACAAAUCAAACAAAAAAACCAUUAUUUGUAUAUAUUCAACUGGUAAAUUCGGCUAUAAAUGUUGAUUUUUUAAAUAAAUUCAUAGACAACAAAUCGAUAUCAACACUGAAAACAAAUUUCAUAUUACUCAAACUUAUUGAAAAUUCAACAGAGUUUGAAUAUUUUACACAAAUUUAUAAAAAUUUAAUAAUACCCAGUUUUAAUAUUGUUAAGGAAGGAAAACUUGAGGCUGUAAUUACAAAUAAUACAACUAUCCAAGAAUUUGAAAAUAUUAUGAUGAAAUUUAGUAAAAAAUCAAUAGACACAAUCAAUAACUUAUCACCUUCAUCAUCAACCUCGAUAAAUCAAAAUCAAAAUUCUACAACUACCCCCACUAUCAACACCCAAAAUUCAAAUUUAACAGAUCAUGAUAUAUCAGUAUUAAAACAUAAACAAAUAGUAGCACAACUGAAGAAAGAACAAUUAAAAGAAAAACAAAGACUAAGGGAACUUCUAAAAGCUGAUCAAAGAGAAAGAGAAAGUAGAAUUAAGGAAGAACAAAAAAAACAUAUACAAGAACCACAAACCGCUCUAGAAAAACCAAAAUCUACAAUAGAACAUCAAGAUUGUGUAUUAGCAAUUAAAUUAUUUGAUGGAUCCACAAUCAAAAAAGAAUUUAAUUCGAAUGAAUCACUAAUAGAUGUUCGAAAAUUCUUAGAUGAAGAUAUAAAUAUUAUUCCAUCAACAAGUAAUAUGCCAUCUUUUGCAAGUACUACAUACUUGUACCCAACAGGUUAUUCAUUCCAUAGACCUACAUUACCAAGAAUCACAUAUACUGAAGAACAAGAAUCAACAUCAUUACAAGCAUUAGAUUUAACUCCAAGAUCAAUUCUUAUAUUAAAACCAAUAUAUUCUGAAUCUCAAUCAAAUAAUGUUUCUCCUUAUAAUGAAAAGGGAAUAUUUAAAAACUUAUAUAAAGGUGUUGGAAAAUUAGGUAAUGCAUUAAUGUCAUUUUUUGAUUAUGGAGUUGACGAUUUAAGAAAUUAUAAUCAAGAAGAUUCCGAAAUGCAUUUAUCACCAUCACAAUCAUCUCAACAACAACAUCAACAUCAUCAACAUCAACCAGUUCCAGAAAUACCACCACCAGUAGUUCCCGGAUUCUUAGGUAUAGGAGAAAGAGGAUUAUCAUCAUCUUUAUUAAGUAUUCAUGAUGAUAGAAAUGAUGGUUAUAUAUCUGAAUCAAUCCAUUCUGAUAUAAAUAUACAUGAAUUACAACAAAAUUCAAGAGCUUCAAGUCCAAGAUAUAAUGGAAAUAGUGUUAAUUUAAAUGAAAGAGAUGAAGAUAAAUAUAAUUAA